AUGUCUCAGAGCUUGAAGAAAAGAACCGAGAAGGGUACUGGUAAGAAGGCCAGUCCCCAACCAGAAACGUAUACCGAUGAUGACUUGAACAAAACGAAAGCAUAUGAAACGGCCGAAGAAGAAGAGGAAGAGCCUAAUCAUAGAUACUGGGUAGCUAUGAUUUUGGUUACGUUAUUGGCAAUCUAUGUUCGUUUCAAUAAGAUUGGCACUCCAGAUAAAGUUGUAUUUGACGAGGUUCAUUUUGGGAAAUUUGCUUCAUAUUAUUUAGAAAGAACUUAUUUUUUCGAUUUACAUCCUCCAUUUGCUAAAUUGUUGAUUGCCUUUGCGGGUUGGAUUGUUGGUUAUGAUGGGUCUUUCAAAUUUGAAAACAUUGGGGAUAAUUAUAUUAGCCAUGGUGUUCCUUAUAUUGCUUAUAGAUCAUUACUGGGGAUUCAAGGUACUUUAGUUGUUCCAAUUGUAUUUUGGACUAUGAAGACUUUGAAAUUCUCGGUUCCUGCUUGUUUAUUAUCCAGUAUUUUAAUCUGUUUUGAUAAUGCUCAUGUGGUUGAUUCUCGUUUGAUUUUAUUAGAUGCAACCUUGAUUUUAAGUGUUGCAUUAACUAUUUAUCUGUAUGUUAAAUUCAGUACUUAUCGUCGUCAACCUUUUACUAAAUGGUGGUGGAUUUGGUUAACUUUAACCGGGGUCUCGUUAUCUUGUGUUAUUUCAACCAAAUACGUUGGUGUUUUCACUUAUGUCACUAUUGGUAUUGGGGUAUUACAUGAAUUAUGGAUCUUAUUGGAUUAUAAAAAGGGUUUGACCAUUCCUGAAUUGGCUAAACAUUUCUUUGCUAGAUUAUGGUCUUUAAUUGUUUUCCCAUUCUGUAUUUAUUUAUUCUGGUUUUAUUUACAUUUUGCAAUUUUAAAUAAAUCUGGUCCUGGUGACUCUUUUAUGUCUUCUGAUUUUCAAGAAACUUUAAUUGAAUCUCCUUUAGCCAGAUUAUCUAAAACUGUCAAUUAUUAUGAUAUCAUUACCAUUAGACAUAAAGAAACUGACUCCUUUUUACAUUCUCAUGAAGCAAUUUAUCCAUUACGUUAUGAAGAUGGUAGAAUUUCAUCUCAUACUCAACAAGUUACUUGUGUUUUCGAUCCAGAAAGUAAAGAAGCUGAGGAUGCCAAUAAUCAAUGGGAAAUUGUACCAACUAAGGAAAAUCUGCAAUUUGAUAAAGGAGUUGCUGUCUUUACUAAUGAUAUCGUUAGAUUUAGACAUAUUGGUACCGGUGGUUAUUUAUUAACUCAUGACGUUGCUUCUCCUUUGAAAGCUACCAAUGAAGAAUUUACCAUUGCUCAUGGUGACGAUGCUGAAGAAAAAUAUAAUGAAACUUUAUUCAGAUUACGUUUUUCACAAACCGGUUCUGGAACUAAAAAUAAGAGGAAAGUGGUUAAAUCAAAGGCUACUCCUUUAAAAAUCAUUCAUGUUGACACCGUGGUGGCAAUGUGGACCCAUGAUGAUGAAUUAUUACCAGAAUGGGGGUUUGGUCAUCAAGAAGUUAGUGGUAAUAAAAAAAUUCAAGAUAGAGAUAAUUCUUGGUAUUUUGAUGAUAUUGUUAAUUUAGAAGAAGAAGAUCCAAGACAUAACUACGUUCCGAAAGUAGUUAAACAUAGACCUUUCUUACAAAAAUGGUGGGAAUUACAAGGUCUUAUGUUUUAUCAUAAUAACUUGUUAUCUUCAGAACAUCCAUUUGCUUCCCAACCGGACGCUUGGCCAUUGGCUUUAUCUGGGGUUUCUUUCUGGAAUGAUAAUGAUGAAAGAAAACAAAUCUUUUUCAUUGGUAAUGUCAUUGGUUUCUGGACAGAAGUGGGUUUCUUAGCAAUCUAUCUUGGUUUACUCUUAGCUGAUCAAGUUACUCGUCGUCGUAACGUCCAUAUUUUAAGCAAUAAAGCAAGAUCAAGAUUAUAUAACACCUUGGGUUUCUUCUUUGCCGGUUGGGCUGCUCAUUACUUCCCUUUCUACUUAAUGAAUAGGCAAAAAUUCUUACAUCAUUAUUUACCAGCUCAUUUAAUUGCUGCCAUGUUCACUGGUGGUUUGGUUGAAUUCUUGUUUUCUAAAAACUCAACCACCUCUAACCGUUUGACUGGUGCUAAUAGACUCAAGGCAACUGCCUUGGUCUUGGUCAUUUCCAUUGGUGUCAUUUGGUUCUUCUUCUACUUUAGACCAAUCACCUACGGUGAUAUUAGCAUAGCUCCUGAAGAAAUUAAGAAAAGACAAUGGUUAGAUAUCAAAUUACAUUAUGCCAAAUAA